AUGAGUCUUCAUAGGGAAGACAGAAACCGCCUUUACAAGUUAACACAUGGCCCUCACAUCUACUCACUGCUCAAAAUCGAGAGACUUGCUCUAUUGACUCUACAGCUCAGAGAAGUUUCUGAAGCGCGUGGAUACGCCGACACGUUACGAAUACCCGGUUGCGGUCGGUACCGGAGUGGGGCCCCAGACACCGGAGGUCCGUUGCCUGAUCUUCGGGAUGGUCGGGCGAGGUUGGGAUACCCCUUCACAUCAUAUAACACUGGCCCGCCAAGUGGUCACCCGGUUCAUGGCUUGACCGGUCUUGCUGGCAGUGAGUUGGGCUUGAGGAAUAUUGGAGAUCUUGCUAUCUGCAAGUUCACAUAA